ACACCAACAAGAAAACUCACCCGUUCCUCCAUCACCACCUCUCCCACGAGAGCUGCGUACAUCCACAUUAUGACCUCUGCUUGAGCAGCUAGGUCGUCAAGAUUCUGAACCGCACGUUUCACCUCUUUAGUGGGAGUCCGACGACACCCAGACGACACUCCUUUUCACCGCAUGUAACGCUCAAUGUCAACAAUACUCGCUCCUCUCCUUCUCCGAUAGCUCGAAGCAUUUCGCAUUCUUUUCGACAUCAGCCGCCUCAAUCUCCAACUUCUAUAAUGGCUUUGAGCUUUGGAAGCUCUCCUGGGGCUUCUCCCUUUGCUGCCUCCAUGCCCGGGAGCGCCUCUGGACCUGCCAUUCAAACCGGCUCAGAUCUGGCUGAAAUUCUGACAGAGGGACUUGGCUUCCUUUCAUUAGCAGGCGACGCCAAAGUCCGCUUAUUACCCUCCCCUUGGCCGGAAGAUUCACUUCCUCCUCCAACCUCGAAUUUAUUCAGUAUUGCUUCGAAAAAGGGUUUAAUAGCUGCUGCUGGACCUGAUGCGAUUGUCAUUGCUGGAACAGAUGCUGUUAGGCAAGCGUUCAAAGCUGAAGGCUCCGAAGCUGUCAAGCCCUUUUCGCCUCAGCUAAAAAUUGACUUGGGCAUGCGCGUAUCGCAGCUCGUCUUCUCCGCGGAUGAAAAUUAUCUCGUGAUAUCGGCAGAGAAUGGAGGCGGUCUAGCAGUCUACGAUGUUCAGGCACUGAUGCAGGGCGAUACUCAAUCCGCGUUUGAGCUCCCAACCAAUGGUGCCGCGCUUCGCGCGUUAUCCCCCAACCCGUUGGUCGACAAGGCGGAACUGUUCGCGGUGGUUACCACGUCUGGGGACUUAUUGAUGGCCAACCUCAAGGAGCGCAAUUUUGUCACCGGCCCGGGUGGCCAGGUUCUCAAAAGUGGUGUGAGCUGCGUCUCGUGGAGUAAGCGCGGCAAGCAGCUAGUCGCUGGUCUUGGUGACGGUACAUGCUACCAAAUGACUCCCGAUGGCGCCGGAAAGGCACAGAUUCCGCGUCCUCCAGCCCUCGAAGGAGAUCAACACGUUUCUUCCAUUUUCUGGCUCGACACGUCUGUUUUCCUUACGAUUCAUACCCCUACGUCGUCCCCGGAAGGAGAAACUCCUGAAUCUACGUAUAACCUUGUAACCAGCAACAAGGAGCGAUCAUCCUUUGCCUUCCAAAAAUUCGUCGACCCGUGCCCACCGUUUGGCCUCCCCCGUUCUCCGCCGCACCACUUCAUCGCUCGAAUGGAAAAUUUCCCUCCGAACCUUCAAGAUGUCCUGAUCGUAUCCUCUACCGCUUCUCCUGAUAUCAAUCUUUUCACCAGCUCAAGUGUACCCCUGUCGAGCGACCUACCCGCUGGGGAAAUUACCAACAUCUUUACCCUCACUGGAAUGGCAAAGGAUGAACGACGAGCGCAGUUGCCCAUGUCGGAAACGGCAUCCGAUACGUCUCCUAUUGGUGUUGCUCUAGAUCUCUCGUCCAAGGAAAAGGUUGAUCGUCCAAUUCCCGGUGAAGAAAUUGACCAGUCACAGACACCGCUGCCAGCGCUCAUGGUACUCAACAACGAGGGUGUUCUGUCGGCGUGGUGGUUCGUUUAUUCCGAAUCAGUACGGGAAGGAACAGCAUAUCCGGAGCUCACUAUCGUUGGCGGCGGUCAGCAGGCGGCAGCUCAGGCAACCCCACAACCCGCCGCAAGCGCCUCGCCAUUCGCUGCGGCUAGCAGUCCGCAACCAACAAAAUCAAUUUUUGGACAGUCAAGUUUCGGCAGCGGCCCGGCUCCAAGUUCUUCUUUUGGCGGCGCAGGAGCUUUUGGGAAACCUUCUGCGCCUUCCUUUGGCUCUCCGAGCAUGCCCGCUACCAAUGGCGCUUUUGGCUCGCCCGCUAGCUUGGGGGCCAAGGCGAGCCCAUGGGGAAGCAAUAACACAGCAUCGCCAACAGCAGCACCAGGUUUUGGUAAGCCUACCUUUGGCUCAUCCACGGCAUUUGGGGCACCUGCGCAGGGCGGCGCUUUUGGCACCCCCGGAGGAUUAGGAAACCGACCGUCGCCAUGGGGCGCUCCCGCAUCUACGACGUCACCUGGUGGAGGUGGUGCAGCGUUUGGACAGACCAGCAGUUUUGGUCUUGGUGCAAAUUCAGCGCCUAAACCUUUUGGAAGCUCUACUGGGGCCGGCAGCGGAGGAAUCUUUGGCAGUGGUGCUUCUAGCGCCGGCUCAGGCUUUGCAUCAUUUGCGAAUAAAGGGGGCUUUGCUGCAGCUGCCCAAAACCAAGGUACAGGUGGCAGCAUUUUUGGCCAAAGCACUUCUGGAACUGGAUUCUCCGGCACCACUGCCAACGACAGCGCUUUUGGCGCUAGUAACAAGACAGGCCAAACGCCUGGCGGCGCUUUUGGAUCUGGUGGCGGCUUUAAGCUGGGUUCAACCUUCCAGGGAGAUGAUACUGCAAAAGAUGACGCACAAAAGCCUGCCUCAACUGAUGGCUCUUUGUUUGGAUCAGGGUUUGGAAAUGUGCUUGGUGAAGCCGCGACAGCCAAAUCGGCCGAGUCCGAAGCCCCAGAAGCGGAUAUGGAUGCAGAUGUCAGCGAUGCCAUCCCGGCUGAGCCUGCACCCAAGGAGCCAGAACCAACAACACCGGCAGCUGCCCCAGCCGCGCCAACUUUUGGCCUCCCUACUGCGCCACCCGCCACUACUGGUCUCUUUGGUACGCAGGCACAAACGUCAACAACACCUGCUACGGUGCAAAGUAGUAAGCCCACGUCAAUAUUUGGCCAGCCCUCGACGCCCUCAGCGCCCUUUUCAUUCAUCAAGCCAGCCGCAAAGGAGCCUGAGAAGCCAAAAGAGGAACCACAAGAGAAGGGGCCGGAGAAGCCGGCGGAAACGCCCGAGGAACCUGUCAAGGACUCGAUUGAGCAACCACCUACGGAAAAGCCCGUGGAAGAACCGAGAAGGGAGCCAACACCGCCUCCCAAGGAGCCGACACCCCCGCCAGUUUCAGUACCUUCGUCGCCAGAGGUUAAACGUGAACCAGAGGAGCCGGAAACCCCGAUCGUUGAUAGAGCAAUACCGUCACCUUCGUUGCCGCCAGGAUCGGCUAAAACACCAGCUACUGAAAAGAGUGAGGUGCCGUGGUCUUCCCCAUUUGCGUCUUCACCAGCCGUCCGCAGGAGUUCUGCGAACAAUAUACCACUGCCGCAAGAGACAGCUGAGUCUGUGCCUCAGUCACCCGAGGAAGAGUCGCCUGCUCGACGCGAAUCUGAGGCGGAAUCGAGGGAAGAAGAGCCUUUUGACGAUGAAGGAAGCGGUGUGGACGUCGGCAAGGAUCUCAGUCCCAUCGAUGAUCAGGCUCAAAGCUCUCAGAGCUUGUAUGGCAGAUCGGAGGAGAGUCCAACUACUUCUGGCUGGUUCCAAGAGCCGAAGCAGCAGCAAAAGCAGCAACAAGCACCACUUAAGCCACUCUUUGGAAGUUUUGGACAGCCACCAAAGCUCGCGCAGCCCACAAAGCCGCUCGAGGCCAGUCCACGCUCACCAAGCCCGUUCCGGAAUAGCAUACAAAAUGACAAGACAAGGGCUGAGGGUUUUGCGUCUCUCAGCACGUCUGGACUGCCGUCGCAAAAGACAGGGCCUCGAAGAACGGUUGUGCAACCCCCUCUUCCGGACGAUCUCGCUCAAAGACAGGAGGAGCGGAAGAGAGCGGAAGAGAGAAGAACUGCGGAACUGGCAAGAAGGGCUGAAGAAGAGCAAGAGCUCAGCGACCGUGAAGACGAAAAGGUCCGGGAAGAACUCUCGACUGACGUUCAAGGGGCUUUGGAGCUUUCUCCUUUCCUUGCACACCAAGAUUACAUUGGACAUGUCGAAAAACCCGGCAUUCCCGGCCAAAUCGAACGCGUGUACCGAGAUAUCAACUCGAUGAUUGACACGCUCGGCCUCAAUGCACGUUCGCUGGAAGCUUUUAUUAAAGGCCAUACGGAGAACUACAAAGAAGGCGGGCGGAGCCGCGAUGACCUCGAGGAUGCCGAAGGCUGGUGCCUCAUCGAGAUUGAAGACCUGACCCUUACCGAGACCAAACUAGAAAGGGAUCUUGAAUCAGGUCGUAUCCACGAUGUCCAGGGCAAACUCAACGCAUGCCGCGAGCUGCAACGAGAUCUUGUUCGGCUGCGAGCCAAACACCACGACAUCAAGAAACUCAUCGACGCUCGAUCCGACCCGGACGAGCUUGCCAUGCACAGAUCGGCCCCGCUCAGCGCCGAGCAAGCCGUCCAGCAACAUGAUCUCCGUAGAGACCUUCAGAAAUUCCAAAAACUUCUUACUGAAGUCGAAGAAGGUAUUUCCGUGCUCAAGGCUAAGGUUGUCGCUCAGGGUGCUGGACGCGCUACUCCUUCGCCUUCCAUGACCGGUAGCGCAUUGUCAACAUCCCGCCCGCAAGCUCAGCCCACCAUGGAAGCGGUAAUGAACACCAUCAACAAAAUGACGAGCAUGGUGGAGCGCAAAUCGGGCGACAUUGACGUGCUUGAGAACCAAAUGCGGAAGCUGCGUUUCUCUUCGGUCACAAGUAACAGCAGUGCGCCUGGAUCCUCGCGUGAAUCUUCUCCGUUUGGUGGGAGCCGAAUGUCGAGUCCACCUCCACAGGCCCAGUCCUCGUACCACCCGCUCUCUUCAUCGAUCAGAUCGCGCGGCGCUUGCCGGACCCCGCGUACGCCUGGUACUGGCGCAGGCGCGUACGGAACCCCGCGAACGAGCGGCACCGGCCUGUUCUACACACCUGACAGCUCAAGAAGUACACCUCGAGCGCACCCAUUGUCUGCGUCCAUCAAUGGCAGUGCUGUCAAUGGAUCUGCUGGGCUGCAAGAGACACCCCUGACAAAUUCGUCUUUCCGAAAAUCUGGAUUCAUGGGAUCUGUCUCGGGAUCACAUGCUGGUCAGUCACCUUCUCCUUAUCGCGCCGCAAGCGUCGCUGCUGCGUCUUUUGACCCGGAAGAUCUACAACGCUAUCAAGCCAAAAUUGCCCGCCGAAAGGAGGUCAGUCGCCUGCUCAAAGAUGCCCUGGUCAAGGCGGGACCGAAAGUCCGAGGUGCCGGUGCUGCAGACGCUGUAUAGUAGUCGGUGUGUUGAUGUUGUCUGUUUCAAAUGGUUAAUGGUUUGGCAUGAUAUGAUUCUAAUGGUAUUGACCUGAUGGGUUCUUUUAUUUAUCGGAGGUGUUUCUCUAUUUCUUGUUUGCUAUUACUCUAUUCACUUUAUCUCCAUCAUGUAUUUCUUUUUUGUCCAUUCGAUUCAUAUCAUAUAUUUCUUUGUCCGGGAAAUCUGGAGAAUGAUAUCAUUUAUUAAAUUAUUCAAUCUUUUCCCCUCAAUUAUUCCAAAAAAUUUUCCCCUGCCCUCAUCUCUUUCUACUUUUCCUCGUCUUAGUGAUCAUGACAUCUCGUGAUACAGAAGUGUACUUUUACUCCAUCAAUGCAUACACAUUCAUAUC